UACAUGAAUAAAUUGAAUGUUUUGAAGCGAUAUGUGACGCAACUUCAGCGAUCUAAAGCAACUCUUUGUCACUUCACAUUAUUGUUCGAUGUCUGCCCCCAACAAUCAUACCACCGAACUUACUUUUCUUGCUCAAUCAAUUCAGACCUAUUCAUUCAGUUAUCUAAACUUUCCACUUAGUUGCGACGAGGAGAAUUAUCCAUUCAAUCACAAGUACCUAGCACCAUCAACAAUACAAGUCAUCCCCAUCAAACCGAAUCAUGAGUUUUGAGGUUGAUUUCCACGAGAACAUCACGGAUCUGUACAAUGCCAUCACGGAAUCCAACUGGGAAGAAGCGAUGCGAGCAGUGAAGAAAAAUCCAGAUGAAGCAAAAACCUGGGUGGUCCGCAAACACGAGGACGACCCGACAAAAAACAUGUGGCGCUUUCUCCCUAUUCACAGCGCCUGUGCUCGCCAGCCUCCGGCCGGCUUGAUCAAGGCUCUGUUGGCUGCAUAUCCAACAGGUGCUAGAUCCGUUGACGAUCAAGGCAUGUAUGCUCUUCACUACGCCGCCGGAAAUCAAGCUAGCAGGGAAGUCAUCCGUGCUCUGCUCAUGGCCUUUCCCGACGCUGCCAAACUCACCGAUCCUCGCGGAAUGUUGCCAAUUCACUACAUCGCUUGCUGGGGGCCAAGCUCGAUUUCAGUCGUCGAUAUGAUAUUGGUGGCUAACAGAAACAUUAGUGACUGCAAGGACGAAGAUGGCAACACCCCUUCGGAUUUGGCGAAAGAAGGAGAUUAUCGAGAGAGAAACGCAGUUGUUGCUGCAUUGAAGCGUUGGUCAACCAGUUCUAGCAGCGAACACCAACGAUCCACAUCAUCUCAGAGCAGCAUUACACCAUCCUACAAAGUCAUUGGAAGCAACUUCAGGUCACUUCACAUUAGCGAAGAAAGGAAGACUGACGAUUCUUUGGACAGUCUCACCAGGUGUUCGAGUCCUGGUACCACUGGAAAGCUUCGUGAAAUGGAUGAUCAUAUCAGCGUGAUGGAAAUCGAAAAGAAGGAAGACAAGCUUGAAAUCUCGAUGCUCCAGUACGAAGUGAAACAGCGUAAUGAUAUGAUUGAAAAGUUGAAAGAGACUUUGUCGCAAAUGACAGAUGAAUGUAAUGGACUUCGCAAGACCCUUGCAGACGUUACCGAGCAGCAUGAUGGCCUUGCAUCAAUGAAUUCUAGCCUCCUUUCGAUGGUGGAGCAACAAGAAAUUGUACUGAAGGCUACAAGGGCACGCGAAGAACAAUGGGAAGAACUUGCAAAGGUGCGAAGAGAAAAAUUGAAAGAGAUUGUACAAAUGGAGGAUCAGGACACCUUUCAUGAAGUUGAUUUGAGGAAUGUCUUGGCACAGCAGGACCGAAAAAUGGCAGCCAUCAAGGCAACAAUUUCUGCGACACUCGAAGCUUGAGGAAAAGAUUCCCGGAAACUCGAUGACAGAAAUUGGGUCAAAUGUAGAUCCAAUUGAAUCACUCGUCCUAAACAGACCAUGUCGAUGCAGUGCAUUUUAAUUUUCUUGCUCGCUGUGAGCGACACUUGCAUAAUUUUGUGAUGACUACAAAUUGUUCUAUAAUAAAUGUAAUAAAUCAAU